AUGGAAGGCUCCAAUGGCUUUGGGAUUGACUCCAUUCUCUCCCACCGAGCGGGCAGCCCCGCCCUUCCCAAGGGGGACCCCUUGCUUGGGGACUGCCGUUCACCCCUGGAGCUGAGUCCACGCUCAGAGAGCAGCAGCGACUGCUCUUCGCCAGCCUCGCCCGGAAGAGACUGUCUGGAGACCAGUACCUCGCGGCCUGGUGCAGCAUCUGGCCCAGGGUUGGACUCCCACUUGCAGCCGGGGCAGCUUUCAGCCCCAGCCCAGUCGCGAACCGUCACCUCCUCCUUUCUGAUCAGGGACAUCCUUGCUGACUGCAAACCUCUCGCGGCCUGUGCACCCUACUCUAGCAGCGGGCAGCCUGCGGUCCCUGAGCCUGGGGGCCGCCUUGCGGCCAAGGCCGCGGAGGACUUUCGAGACAAGCUGGACAAAAGUGUCAGCAGCGCUUCAUCGGACUCUGAGUACAAAGUGAAGGAGGAGGGCGACCGCGAGAUCUCCAGCUCUCGGGACAGUCCCCCGGUGCGCCUCAAAAAGCCACGCAAGGCACGCACGGCCUUCACCGACCAUCAGCUGGCGCAGCUGGAGCGGAGCUUCGAGCGGCAGAAAUACCUGAGCGUGCAAGACCGCAUGGAGCUGGCCGCCUCGCUCAACCUCACCGACACGCAGGUCAAGACCUGGUACCAGAAUCGCAGGACUAAAUGGAAGCGACAGACGGCCGUGGGGCUGGAGCUGCUAGCGGAGGCAGGCAAUUACUCGGCGCUCCAGAGAAUGUUCCCGUCGCCUUAUUUCUACCCGCAGAGUCUCGUUUCCAAUCUGGACCCCGGCGCCGCACUCUACCUGUACCGCGGACCCAGCGCGCCGCCACCUGCCCUCCAGAGACCUCUGGUACCCCGCAUCCUCAUCCACGGACUCCAGGGAGCCAGCGAGCCGCCCCCUCCGCUGCCCCCGCUGCCCGGCGUCCUCCCGCGCGCUGCGCAGCCCCGGUGAAGCUCCCGCUUGCCUCAAGCCAUGCUCUGGGACCCCCAGCUCAG